AUGGCAGAGAUAAAAGUCACUCCUCUCGGUGCAGGACAAGAUGUCGGCCGCAGUUGCAUCUUGGUCACAAUCGGCGGCAAGAACAUCAUGCUAGAUUGCGGCAUGCACAUGGGCUUCAACGAUGAUAGACGAUUCCCCGAUUUCAGCUACAUCACCCGAACUGGUCGCCUCACAGAACACUUGGACUGCGUAAUAAUAAGCCAUUUUCACUUGGACCACUGCGGUGCAUUGCCGUACAUGAGCGAGAUCGUCGGCUACGAUGGCCCCAUCUACAUGACCCAGCCAACCAAGGCCAUAUGCCCCAUCCUACUGGAGGACUAUCGGAAGAUCACAGUGGAGAGAAAAGGAGAGACAAAUUUCUUCACUUCGGCAAUGAUCAAAGAUUGCAUGAAGAAAGUCAUCAUCGUCAACCUCCAUCAGACAGUCCAGGUUGACGAUGAAUUGGAGAUUACAGCUUACUACGCUGGCCAUGUGCUUGGAGCCGCCAUGUUCCGCAUGAAAGUCGGCUCGCAAUCGGUGGUUUACACAGGUGAUUACAACAUGACACCAGAUAGACAUCUCGGGGCAGCGUGGAUUGACAAGUGUAGGCCGGAUAUCCUCAUCACAGAGUCGACGUACGCCACCACAAUCCGCGAUUCUAAAAGAUGCCGAGAGCGUGACUUUCUGCAAAAAAUCCACGACUGCAUCGAGAAAGGUGGCAAGGUGUUGAUUCCCGUCUUCGCCCUGGGUCGGGCUCAGGAGCUCUGCAUCCUCGUUGAGACCUUCUGGGAUCGCAUGAACUUGACAGUGCCGGUCUACUUCUCGCUUGGACUCACAGAAAAGGCCAAUCAUUACUACAAGCUUUUCAUCAUGUGGACCAAUCAGAAGAUCCGUAAGACCUUCGUCAAGAGGAACCUGUUUGAUUUCAAGCAUAUCAAGCCGUUCGACAGGGGUUACAUCCACAACCCCGGCCCCAUGGUCGUCUUUGCCACGCCCGGCAUGCUCCACGCGGGCCUGUCUCUCCAGAUCUUCCGCAACUGGGCCUCUAACCCGCUGAACAUGGUCAUCAUGCCGGGCUACUGCGUGGCCGGCACCGUGGGCAACAAAAUCCUGAGCGGGGCCAAGAAGAUUGAGAUGGAAAACAGACAAGUGAUUGACGUGAAGCUGUCGGUGCAGUACAUGUCUUUCAGUGCCCACGCAGAUGCCAAAGGGAUCAUGCAGCUGAUCAGAAUGUGCGAGCCCAAGAACGUCAUCCUGGUCCACGGAGAAGCCAAGAAGAUGGAAUUCUUAAAGCAGAAAAUCACAGGGGAAUUUGGAAUCCAGUGUCACAUGCCGGCCAACGGAGAAGUGGUUGCCAUGGAAACCAAGGCAAACCUCACGGCAGACGUGUCCUUGAGCCUGCUCAAGCGAAGCAUCGCCUUGUCAGGUGAUGCAUUAAAAGAUGUCAAAAAACCGAGAGUACUACACGGUGCAGUCACCAUUUCUGGAGAGAAAAUGCAUCUUGAGGAUGCCUCCAAGACGAUGCAGCAGCUGGGCAUGACAGAGCACGAGAUACGAUUCACAUCUACCGUCACCAUUCCAUCCAUGAGCAUGGAAGUGGUCCAGAAGAAACUCAAGAGGAGAUUCCCUCACCAGAGUGUACAGCUAACGUCGGACGGCUCCAUUCUAGUCGGAUCAGUCCUGGUCAAGGUGGCGGGGGAAAGCGAGGAAUCUCUGGACCUGUUGGUGUCAUGGCCAUAUCAGGAGGAAGAUCUUGGUAGUUCGCUCUUCACGAUCCUACAGCACGGGUUCGCGUCACAUACAGAGACAUAACCUUAGUACACAACUUCAAUCCUUUUAUACUCCUGUACCAAGGCAGAAACAUGCACAAAGUGCCAGAAUUGAAAUGAAGCUGAAACAGGUCACUUUCAAGGGGCACUGUUUGUCAUAUUUGAAAGAAUUUUUAAGUUGGACAAAGAAAUUGACUGGACCAGGAAUUGAACCUGCGACCUCCUGAACACAGUACCGGUGCUGUACCAACUGAGCUAUUGACUAGAGCAGGGUUUGAACCUGCAACUUUUGGAUUGACGUUCCGGUGCUCUACCAACUGAGCUAUUGACCUGAGCAGGGUUUGAACCUGCGACUUCUGGAUUGCUGUUCCGAUGCUCUACCAACUGAGCUAUUGACCAGAGCAGGGUUUGAACCUGCAACCCCCGGAUUGCCGUUCCGAUGCUCUACCAUCUUCUGAACUUUGACUGGUGGUAGGGUUUGAACCUGCGACCUCAGAAUCACCGUUCUGGUGCUCUACCAACUGAACUUUUGACCGGAGUAGGGUUUAAACCUGCGACCUCAGAAUUGCUGUUCCAGUGGUCUAACAACUGAGCUAUUGACCAGAACAGGGUUUGAAGCUUAGACCUCCGGAUUGCCGCUCCGGUGCUCUACCACCUGAGCUAUCCAGCCUAAUUUGUGGCCGUUCCCCAUUUUUGUCAGUGUUGAUGCUGAUUAAGAAAGAAAAAAUUAAAGAAGCAAACCCAGGGUUUUGCUAAAAUGACUUGUUGAGAGAGAGUGCACACGUAUUAAAAAGAGUGGGUUUGGGACUCCAAACACAUCUCCUCGGGUCACAUACAUCCAAAGACAAAAAUGAGGAGUUAGAAAUAUAAUCAUGGUCGACUUCAUUUAUGUCAUUCUUGCUCGGUUGUUUUAUCUCCCUUUUUGAUGAAUGUGGUGAAAGAAAUGUGGCUCAAAGUUAAAGAAAUCAAAGAGCUUUUCAACUGCAGUUUAUUUUUUGUCAAAAGAAGGCGCUACAGUGUAUGUCCACAUGACUGUAAAAUAAAAAUUGAAUAAUAAAGUUACUUUUUAUUGCAACGAUACAGGAA